ACAGCGAAGUCGUCAAUGGUGGUUUUUUACUUUUGGGUGUUCCUGCAGAGAACAAUCGAGGAGUUCAGCUUUGCAAGAAGGUUUGGCAAUGGCGAUGGACAAUGACAAGCUCCGGGACUUGGCGCUCGCAAUUGCUGCCACUUGUUUCUUCGCUAUCGUAAUCUCCAUUCGUCUCAUCAAGCCUUUUUUGAUAAACCCCAAGCGGAAGAAGAGGGAGUGUUAUUUGAACAAGCAGACCAAACCUCAAUCCGCAUUCAAGCGAGUGCUGGCGGACAAUUCGUAUUCGCAGUUCAAGCAUCUCAAGUUCGUUACGGAAGAGUUGCCGUCUGAUGGUGAGUACACAAAUUUACAUCCGUACAAGGGAGAAAUUUCCAAGUUGAUGAAGAAUCGGAAUGUAGGGUUUCUGGAGGUUCUUAAUGGUUGUGAUAAAUGGGGUUUGGAGAUGCAGAAUUCUUACGUGUGGGUUGAUACUGAGUCGGAGUUACGAGAGCUUGUUGAAGUAUUGACUAAUGAAAGAGUGUUUGCAGUGGAUACAGAGCAGCAUAGCUUCAGAUCCUUCUUAGGUUUCACAGCUCUCAUACAGAUAUCCACUGUAAAGGAAGAUUACUUGGUUGACACAAUUAUGCUGCACGAUAAGAUGUUACUUCUUAGGCCGGUAUUUGCUGAUCCAGAAAAAUGCAAGGUGUUUCAUGGUGCUGAUAAUGAUGUUCUUUGGCUUCAGAGAGACUACCAUAUUUAUGUUGUCAACUUAUUUGACACAGCCAAGGCAUGCGAUGUUUUAUCGAAACCACAAAGAUCAUUGGCAUACUUGCUUGAAACUUACUGCAGUGUUUCCACCAAUAAACUUUUACAGAGAGAAGACUGGAGACAACGCCCCUUGCCUGAGGAAAUGAUACAAUAUGCUCGAAUUGAUGCACACUAUUUGUUGUACAUUGCAUAUUGUCUAUGUCAGGAGCUCAUGGAGAAAAAAGAUGAAAAUUCACCCCCUGGUGACAAAUUGCAUUUUCUUCUCGAGGCUAGUCGACGCUCCAAUGCAACAUGUUUGCAGCUUUAUGCAAAAGAAAUUGAAGCCUGUCCAGGAGAACUAGCUGCAUCAUCUAUAAUUUCUCGAUGCUUGAAUGAUCAGGGGAAUAUAUCGUCGAACUUUUCUGACACAAAGUUCCAGGAACUUGUGAGGCGACUCUGCUUAUGGAGGGAUAUAACGGCUCGUCUCCACGAUGAGAGCUUGAGGUUUGUUUUAUCAGAUAAUGCGAUCAUUGCACUGGCAGCUAAGGUUCCAGCUAACGAAACAGAUAUCUUCAGUCUUAUAUCCAAAGCUGACCAAGAUGUGGAAUUUACUGUCCUUGUUCCUUCUCAAUCUCCAUCCCCUGUAAUUUUCUGUCAUUUAGAAGAUCUUCAAUGCUUGCUUCAAGCAAAUACCGACAACUCAGAUAAUAUAUUUGAGCAUUUCAUUGAGCAACACUUAAGUCCAGCUGGUAGUUGUCCUCUCUCUGCAUUCAAUUACAAUUUGCUGUCUAAAACUAACUUCCGAUUAACCAAUAAAUCAACAUCGAAUCGCAAUGGAUUUCGAGCUUCAAAACACAUCACAAAGAAGGCCUCCCGAGAUCUAUUUGUUAAAAAGUUUUCAUGCAAAUCCCCGGUUUACCACAACUGCAAGAUCUAUGCAAAUGAUGGUCGAUUAUUGUGUUACUGUGAUCGCAGGAAGCUUGAAUGGUAUAUCAAUCGGAAUCUUGCAAAACUUGUGGAGGAGGAUCCUCCUUCCAUCAUGCUGCUUUUUGAACCGAAAGGUCGCCCGGAAGAUGAGGACAAUGAUUUCUACAUUCAGAGUAAGAAAAAUAUUUGUGUUGGUUGUGGCGAAGGCAAACACUACUUACGGUACAGAAUUAUACCCUCAUGCUACCGAAUGCACUUUCCUGAGCAUAUGAAAAGCCAUCGUUCCCAUGAUAUUGUACUUUUAUGUGUGGAUUGUCAUGAAAUUGCUCACGCUGCUGCUGAAAAGUACAAAAGACAAAUAGCUGAUGAAUUUGGAAUACCAUUAUUUGUUCGCAAAGUAGUUGACUCAUCUAAGUCACAAGAAGUACCUGCAUCUUCUUUGCUUGUUACAUCCUCUGAGGAGAAUGGUGUAUCUCCUUUACAGUUACGCACUGCUGCUAUGGCACUGCUGCGGCAUGGACCACAAAUGCCAGCCCAACGACAUAAAGAAUUAAUGCAGGUCGUCAAGGCAUACUAUGGAGGAAGGGAAAUAUUGAAUGAAGAUCUAGAAAGAGCUUUGGUGGUUGGAAUGAGUCCUCACGAGAGGAAACGAUUCGAGAAAAAGAGAGGUUAUACAUUUAAACAUUUCACUCGAGGUAUCAUUCAAAAUCACGGGAAAGGAAACAACAUCAACAAUAAGGCACCCAUCUCUAUCGAAAAUGUGCUACAGGAAGAUUGUGAGGGCAUUUCAAAGGAAGAGUGUAUGGGAGUGAAUCUUCUACCUUUGUCUUCUGGUUCUGAAGCCAAUGCUGCAAAAUAUACUGGUGGGGAUGAUGAUUUUAGGGAAGAUUUAAAGAUACCAAAUGGUGAUGUUUCUACAAGUGAAAACUUAUCAAACGGAACUGCUCCAGUGCAUGUUAGAGAUACUUUACUUAAGCAUGAGAAGCUGUCUUUGUUAGGACAUGGACCACAUGGGAAACAGGUAGUCGAACAUCUGCUGAAGGAGUACGGGGAAGAUGGGAUUCGCGAAUUUUGUCAGAGGUGGAGACAAGUUUUUGUUGAAGCUCUUCACCCUCGAUUCUUGCCUGGUGGAUGGGAUGUGAUGCACAGUGGUAAAAGAGAUUUUGGCGAAUUCAGCGUCUACAAACCUGGGAAGAAAGCAGCUUUGAUGACCUGACCUGAGGCUUGUCCUAGUCCUCCUUCAGUUAUCAGGAUAAAAAGAACAGGAUAUUUGGGCACGGGUCACUGGCAUCGAUGUUGCCACCGGAUCGCAGCUCAUUUACUUAUGAUGGUUGUAUGUCUGGUGCUCCAACAAUUGACGGGAGUCAGAUAGCGCACUUGGAGGAGUGGUUUGAUCAUUUCCGGAGUUGCGCUCUGACAAUCAUGUAGUAGCUCGAGAGGAUAAACGCCUGAUAGAACCGCCCCGACCCCGAUGGCGUUAUGGUGUGUCACAAGUUUGUUGAUUUGCAUACUUA